AUGGUCGGUCAUACAGAUUGUUCCGUCAGAGAAGAGCUUGAGAACCGGGAGCUUGUGGUCCUCGAGGAAGAGGAACUCGUCGGUUCAACGCUCUGCGAAGAGACCAUGGUUACCAUUGGAGUGGACAGGGACCUGGACGAAGAGGAAGAGGGGAAGGAGCUAGAGGUUCUCCAGUCUGUACUAACCGAGGAUGAGGAUGAAGAAGAGGAAGAAGUCGUUCGGGGUGCCGAAUUGCCAGCCAUCGUCCACGUUGCCGCACCAUUCUGA